AUGAAUGCGGAUUUCUCACCGGAGUUUGUUGUUCAAGGAACUACUGUAUGGGUUGUAUUUUCAUUUGUCAACGGACAACCUCAAUCCACAGCAUGUGUUCCAUUUAACGUUCUAACUGUGUUCAAUUCGCAAGUUAACAACAUAAUUCCUCGUCCAAAGAGUGGCCCUGCAUAUUUGCUCGUUACUGUUGCAUUUUUAUCUCCAAAUGGUAAAGAGAUGCGUCCAAUUGGCCGUGGCCGCAUAAAAGUUGAGAGUCUUCGCACAGGGGAAGAUGCUGUUAAUACAAUGGACAUCCCCCAUGCAGAAAUUCAAUCAAAGAUUUUAUGUAAACUAAGAUUUACUUGCAGAUUAACACCACCAGCUGCUCAAAUGCCACCAGCAUAUGUUCCACAACCAGGAAUGCAGCCUCAAUACCCACCAUACGGACCUGGAUAUAACCAAGGUCAAAAUCCAUACGGCGGACAAAUGAUGCCACCAUAUGGAAGCCAAGGAAUGAACCCACAGAUGCCUCCUCCUUACUCUUACGGCAACCAGGGAAUGAAUGGACCCGUUCCACCACCACCAUCUUACCCAACUCCUCCUUCUGGUUAUCCACAACCACAAUAUCCAAGCCCAGGUGUUCAGCCAAUAUAUCCUGCACCAAAUUCAUCUCCCUAUAGCAGUAAUGACGGAAUGGGUUAUCCUCCUCAACAAGGAUCGCCUUAUGGAUCACAAGGUGGAAUGAUUCCUCCUAUGCAACCACCAAUGGACCAGUCAAGUAACCCAGAACUUGUGCAAAGAAAUCCAUAUUAUUCAAAUCCAAAUACCAAUCCAUAUUCUAACAUGUAA